AUGACACCACAGAAUGGAGAGGUGACAACAACUUCUACCACACUGGAUUAUGAAACUGUUCCUUCUAAACAAUACCAACUGAUCAUAACGGCAACAGACGGUAAAGACACCUCAACAGCCACAAUGUCAGUCUCUGUAGCUGACGAAAACGAGUCGUGUUCCUUCCACCAAAAUCAGUACUCGGUCACGGCCGAUGAGGGAUCGGCUGGGACCUUAUUUUCUAAUGCUGGAUUUGUGAUCGCAGAAGAAGAUGCUGGUUCCUCUCACACUUUCCAACUUAGCUGCGGAGUAGAUUCGUGGAGAUUCUCCAUGAAUUCAAAUUCAGGAAGAGUAUCAUAUUUUUAUUCCUAUGACCUUGACACAGAAAAGAUUUCUAGCUACGCAUGUAAGGUGACAGCCACUGACGCAGGAUGGUUAUCGUGCACCACUUCUCUGGUGAUCAGUAUUUCGGAUAUAAAUGACAAUUCUCCAGCUUUUGAAUCGUCAGAAGUCCCAGUUUAUGUCACACCGUACGAAACAACUGGAACAGUUCUUGUAAAUGUCACAGCAACCGAUGCAGAUGUAUCAAGCUUUGGUGACGUCAUAUAUAGACUGGAUAUGUCGUCAUAUAAUUACAAAUAUUUUGAUGUUACAUCCAGUGGAACACUAUUCGUUAACAGAAAAUUAACGGACUUUGAGGCAGGAGAUACGCUUGAUUUGAUUUUGUCAGCCAUCGAUUUUGGAGGAAAUCAAGGAACUGUAAAAAUACGAAUCGUAUUUUACGAGCUAAAUACUACGACCACCACAACAACAGAGAUGCCAGAGAAGUUUAUCACAUCAUCGUGGAAUACCCUGUGGUUAACGUGUCUGGUUGUUUUUAUAGCAACAAUGGCAAUACUUUCUAUUUUCUUGUUCUUUACAUAUACCACGCCGUUAAUGAAUGGAUUGCUAACUACAACGGCUAAAAAGAGAAGACUAGAAAGAACGAACGGGAAAAAGAUGAAAGAAGGAAAAAGUGCAAAAAAAUCAAAGAAAGGAAAAACAGAAGCUUAUCAAAAUAUCAUCCAGCAGAUUUCAAGUCUUGAUACAAAACACAAAGAAACUGUGAGAGAUGUGCAGUCAAGUCCGGUACCUAAAGGCGUAUUCCCUAAAAACUAUGGAGAAGAUUUACCCCAUGCAUCAGAAUACUAUGAUGUGUGGAAAUAAAUAUACAUCUACUGUGCAAAAAUGACUCUAAUGUUAUACCGGUAUAUAUUUUCAUAUCUGUAUACAAUUUUUACCACUUGAAAAUCAUCGACAGAUGUAUUAUUAUUUCUUAUUAAAACACUGCGAUGUCAAUUUUUUUCUAAACAAAA